AUGUCCGUCACUAACGUCCUGAUGCGUCGGGGCACCGAGCUUGCUGUCACUCACAUGCAGUCUAAGCCUGAGAAGCAGGAGCCGAAUGGAGGCUUGGUGGCUCUGUUUGCUAUCACUGCUAUUUUGAUUGGGCUUGUUUUCUGGUCUAUCGAGUAUACCUAUGGAAUGGUGGUCUCCACUCUGGCUGUAGUGGAAGAUACCAACCCCGAUAUCUACGUACGCAUUAUUCCCAGUCCCGAUCCCACCAAGCCAACCGACGAGAAUGAUCCGGAGCUGCUCGCUCCUACUCCCCUCAAGCCUAUCACCAGCAAGCUGCGCACCACUGUGAAGCACCUCCGCUCCCGCGCUGGCUUCUGGUCUCGCUUCCGUGGAAUGAGCAUGUUUGUGGCCUACACUAUGGCCCGUGGGUUCCUGUCAGGUUUUGUCCCUGUGCCUACCAAUUCAUAUUUGGGCCAGUUUGUCGUUCAAUCCGUCCUGAGCGUGGUACUGGCUACUUGGCAGAUGGCCUGGGUGCACAUUGUUAUCUCUGAGCCCUCUCCAAAGCGCUUCUACCAGCGUAUCCCCAGCUACAAGACCUGGAUCAAGAUUGCCCCAGCCGCUGCUCUCCAGGAUGUCCUCACCGCUGCUGCUUUCUUCAUCCCCAUGGCCAUUGCCAAUCUUGCUGGCUGGCUCGAUGUUUCCGGUUAUCAGGAAGUCCCGCCUAUUGUGGCCAUCUACCGCUUCAUGGGCGUCAGUGUGGUUCCUGCUCUUUUGGCAUUCUUGAUAUCUAUGCCCGCUCGUGUCAUCUUUGUCCGUGUGGCUGCCUCCAUGCUUCCCGAGGAGGAUGAGACUAUUGUGCCAUUUGAUCGCUCUUUCGGGGGCAAAGUCCGUCCGGCCAUCACCGGUGGCAGCGGCAAGAUCGGCCUCAUGGAUGCAUGGACUACCUUUGACUGGGCUGCCCGUAUCCGCUUCGCCAAGGUUAUUGGCAAGACAUUUGCCAUGGAGGUGGCACUUGGUUUUUUCGCUCUUCUGGUACUUGGUGGUCAGAUCUUUUGGAUUUCCAAGACUGCCAAACCGAUCGAUAUGGGUGCCCCUGGACUCUAA